CCCAGGUCCUUCCGUGGGUGUAUCAUUGUCUUUUGUGGUCCAAUACUAUAUAAAGGUGGACACACCUGACUCUAGCACAUCAGCAUCCUCUACCUACAAUCAUUUCAUCUAAACAUUGAGACAGAGAGAAGACGACAACAUUCCUUCAACUUUACAUCAACGGCAAAAGAUUUCAAGCAUCUUCAUAUCCAGAUCCUGACGAAAUUGACAAAAUGCUUUCAACCCUACAGAGAUCCACCAGAUACCUUUCUGCUAUUUCUGCUGCUCGAGGACUCCAUAAGUCUGCACUAGAUGUGGUGGAGCGUCCUGCCCCUGAGGAAACAGUGACCAGUAGUUUUGGCAGGUUCAUUCAGAGCGUCCAGCCAAGGCAUCUGUCACCAACCGUGCUGCAGCGCAGCAAACGCAUGGUUCUGGACAGCAUCGGCGUUGGGCUUUUGGGAAGCACCACUGAUGUGUUUGAACUUGCCCUACAGCACUGCCAGCACAUGUACGCUCCUGAUGACGUCAGCUUUGUCUACGGACGCCAAGGCGUGAAACUCUCUCCAACCCUUGCUGCGUUUGUCAAUGGAGUAGCAGCUCAUUCGAUGGACUUUGACGACACUUGGCAUCCCGCGACCCACCCCUCAGGAGCAGUACUGCCUGCCCUCCUGGCUAUAAGUGACAUGUUGCACAACAACAGUAAACCAAGUGGGCUUGACUUUCUAACCGCCUUCAAUGUGGGCAUCGAAAUCCAAGGUCGGCUGAUGAGAUUCUCCAACGAGGCUCACAACAUCCCUAAGAGGUUUCAUCCUCCCAGCGUGGUGGGCACUAUGGGCAGCGCAGCAGCCUGUGCACGCCUCCUCUCUCUGGAUCGCAGUCAGUGCAGUAAUGCCUUGGCCAUCGCUGCAUCUUUGGCAGGUGCACCAAUGGCUAAUGCAGCAACGCAAUCCAAACCUCUUCACAUUGGUAACGCCUCGCGCCUGGGUCUAGAAGCAGCCCUGCUGGCAUCCCGUGGGUUGGAGGCAAGUCCUCUAGUCCUGGAUGCAGUACCCGGGGUUGCCGGAUUCAGUGCAUUCUAUGAAGACUAUGCACCGAACCCCAUCGCUUCCCUGGAGGAGCAUGAGCACAGCUUCCUCAUAGAGACACAAGACAUUGCGUUCAAGCGCUUUCCCGCACACCUUGGCAUGCACUGGAUCGCCGAUGCCGCCGCCAUCGUGCACAAGUCCCUGGUUGGCCUGAAAGGAGGCAGUGUUUCUCCAAACCUGGUGCAGGAUAUCCUGCUUAGGGUGCCGCUGUCCAAGUACAUCAACCGCCCAUUCCCGGAGACGGAGCACCAGGCGCGCCACUCCUUCCAGUUCAACGCCUGCACCGCUCUGCUGGAUGGAGAAGUCACAGUGCAGUCCUUCCAUCCGGAGGCCCUCCAGCGACCCGAGCUACUCGCGCUCCUCUCCCGCGUCCGUGUGGAGCACCCCCAUGACAACCCGGCCAAUUUCAACAUCAUGUACGGUGAGGUGGAGGUCACCUUGGCAAGUGGAGACGUGCUGCGAGGGCGCUGUGACACCUUCUAUGGUCACUGGAGGAACCCACUUAGCCAAGAAAGCCUUCAAAAGAAGUUCCGCAGCAAUGCAGGUGCAGUUCUGUCCAACGAGAGGGUGGACAGGCUGAUCGAAGCUGUCGAAGGCCUGGACCGUUUAGAUGACUGUAAACCACUGCUGGCUCAGCUGCAGUAAACAGCAUGCUGCUUUAUUACGGCACCAAUAAUGUAUAAUGAAUCUUGAUUUGAAAUGCAACGACUUGUAGGAUUUAUUUAAUUAGAAGUACUACUCGAACACUACACUCUCUUUAUCUCUCGAUGUAUAUACUGGAGAACUGUCUCAUUUCUUGCUGUGUCUGUUUCCAAAUGAGUUUUUGCAAUAUUUAUUAACAAUAGUUCUUAAAAUGCCUAAAGGUUUGUUUGUAAAUAUAAAUGUUUUUUGUUUUGUUUAGUUUUUUUUUCUAGUAAGCUCUUUCGUGAUGACUUCUGCUUAAAUUAUGUAACAUCUUGUGUCUAUUGGAAUCUAGACUGAAACUCAAUAAAGAGGAAAUUUUAUUGCUA